AGCGGCUCCACGUGGGGGAAGCGGAGGAUGGCCCGGAGCGGCGGCCGCGGAAUAGUUAGGGUUGAAAGGGAGCUCUGGAGAUCAUCCGGCCCAACCCCCCCCCCCCGCCAAAGCAGUGUCCCCCAGAGCAGGUGACACAGCGACGCGUCCAGGUGGAUUUGGAAUGUUUCCAGAGAGGGAGACUCCACGACUUUCCGGGGGAGCCUGGUAAUGAAAAUCAGGAUGCUACAAUUAGAUGGUUUGUGCUGAUAUUAAUGAUACAUAAGACUAUUUACUUUUAUUUCCAGCAGCAAUUCACCUGGCUCUUGGCAAGACAUCUGAUACUGCACCAGCGAAAUACUCUGUCCUGCAACAUUGCCUACAUAAAAGCUUGGCUGUCAUAAAUUAAACUUAAAAAAAAAACUUAUUCCUGAAAAUGGAUUUUCGAUUUAAUUUUGCUGUUGAUGAAAAUGAGAACAGUGAGGCAGAUGCUCACUUCUUACUGCUGUGCUCUCCAGAACACAAGCAGGAAUCCAGGGAGAAGAGCAGGGGAACUGCCAGUCUUGCAGCAAAGUCCAGCCUGAAGCUGGCUGCUGCUAAGUACCAGGAUGAGGCAGCUUUGAAGAAAAACCUCUGUGUGAAAGCUGCUAAGGAGCACAGCAUUCCCCAAGAUCUCAACAAAGUAUUGGAAAAUAAAGUCAUGGAGACAGUAUUGGACCUGUCUUAUGUAAAGCUGUCUGUAGUGGAAAUGACAUGUUCAGGUGAUGCUGACAGCGAAGGCAUCGUGUCCAAAAGUGUGUCUUCCCACUCUGAUCUCAUCCCAGGAGUCUACGAAGGAGGGCUGAAAAUCUGGGAAUGCACCUUUGAUCUCAUGGACUACUUUUCUGAGGCUGAAAUAGAAUUUACCAACAAGACCGUAUUGGAUCUUGGCUGUGGAGCUGGAUUGUUGGGAAUUGUUGCUUUACAAGGUGAAGCUGCCAGAGUCCAUUUUCAGGACUACAACAGCACAGUGAUUGAUGAAAUAACCUUGCCUAAUGUGGUGGCCAACUGUGUCAGUGAGGGCAGUGGGAAGGACAGAAAAGCCAGCAAGCCUCCUUCAAAGAGGCCCAGGAAAGCAGAGAGCUCACCUGAUAUGCUCAACAGAUGCAGAUUUUUUUCUGGAGAAUGGUCUCAAGUCAGCCAGCUCCUGUUAAACAGCAACAAACCCUGUUUGAAGUACGAUAUAAUUCUCACCUCUGAGACCAUCUAUAAUCCUGACUACUACAGUGCUUUGCAUGAUACACUGGCUCAGCUCCUGGAUAGAAAUGGCCGUGUGUAUUUGGCAAGCAAAGUGCAUUAUUUUGGAGUUGGUGGUGGUAUUUAUCUCUUUGAGAAAUUCAUUGAAGACAAAAAUGUGUUUACAACCAGUAUGGUUAAAACAAUUGAUCAGGGUCUGCAGCGAUGCAUUAUGGAAAUUGCCUUUAAAAAUUCCUGUUAAAAUUAAACUACUGAUCUUCCAAAA